GGAACUGUUCAUUCUUCAACUCGUACCCGGUAAGUGGCAAUGACUUCAGAAACUUAUACAGCUCAGUGAUUGCAUCAAUAUUGCGCAAUAAUUCCGGGGGGAGGUCUUGGUAUUCUUGGAAGAAAUGAACAUGGCUGAUAAAAGCACAGAAGAAGGGAGUUCAAAAUCAACGUCUGAUGGGCAAAAUAAUGAAGAAUUUAAAACGGUUUCGCGAAGAAAACGUAAGAAAGAUACUGCUGAAGAUAUGGACACAUCAGUUAGCGCUAUUAAACGACCAAGUUUUCCACCUUUAUCAGGCGAAAGUUUGACGGUAUGAAUACUAUGAAAUGACUUUAAUGGCCAUUUUAUAUUAAACACGUGGGCAAUGAUUUCAGACUAUUUUACUUUUGAAGCUACUACGUGGAGUAAAAUCCUUUUCAUAUAAACCUUUUAGACUAAAAUAUGCUUUCGUAUCUUUGAGGAGGAAUCUGUAUUAACAAAUGGAGUGAAUUGACAUAUUUACAUUUUUCAAUUCUUUUUAUUUGCCUCCCAAAUUAUAGAAGACUACUAGUCCUACUAGUCUAGUAUACAAUGAAAGGAAUGAACAUUAUUUUCUUACUCUGAUAACUGCUGUCUGACCACCGUGCGCCCAGAAAAACUCACCUUAUGGGUAUAAAAAAGUGUUUAAAUUGUGGAUUUAUUCCAGAGUGGCAAGGUUGAGAGAAGGAAGAUCCCUGUGCCACCAAACAGAUACAAUCCUUUGAAAGACAAUUGGAUGCAAAUAUUUGAACCAGUUGUGGAGCAUUUACAUUUGCAAAUACGAUUUAACCUUGGCUCACGACAUGUUGAAAUCAAAGUAAGUUUUGUCCAAGCUUUAUAAUUGACUGAAGAAGAAUAAACCCUUCUGGCAAGUACGUCACUUUGGCUAUAGAGCCUUGUUUUCGCAAUUGAGAGGCUUAAAUUUAACUAAUCUCUUGUACAUGAAAAUGAGGCUCUAUAGCCAAAUGAUGUACUUUCCUGAAGGGUGUAUUGACUAAUAGUCCUUUUCCCCUUUUGAGUGAAAUUUUGAAAGAGCAUCACAAAAUGAGUAAUAUUCCGAAGUUUCGUUGCGAAAUGUUGUAAAAUGUGGAUAAUAUAGCUUUGCAAAGUUUGUAAUUUUCAGUCAUUUUGUAUUACACAUGGGAAAUUGAUAAUCAGAUGAUCAAACUGAUGCAAAAUUAUGUUAGAUUGUAAUGCAAAAUGACUGAAAAACGGCAAACUUCACAAGGCUAUAUUAUCCGCAUUUUACAACAUUUCGCAACAAAACUUUGGAAUAUUACUAAUUUUGUGAUGCUCUUUCAAGCUGUGAUGAAAUUGUUGCCCAGGCAUAUCUAGAUCAAAAUUUCACUCAUAAGCCAAGGGGAAAGGUCUAUUGUGUUUGAAUACAUUUUGUAGACAUGUAAAGAAACAAAAGAUUUUGGAGCAAUACAAAAAGCUGAAGACUUUGUUAGAGCGUUUAUAUUAGGUUUUGAAAUCAAGGUAAGAUGGAAGAUGUUGAGAGCAUUAUCACAGAAUUGGUUCUGAGGGUAUUAAUAAAACCCUGGAUGGUUUUUGCCGGCGUAGCCAGGCUAGGUAGUGACAAUAACACCAGAAAGCUGCAGACUUAUUCAACUUCAUCUGGAAGUUAGAAGAGUAAUGGUUUGAAUUCAAGGGUAUAGCAGCAGAUUUUCAAGUUCCUGAGAUUCUCUAAGAGUUCUUUCCAGUUUAAUGAUGAUAUCUUGCCAUGCUAAUUGUGAGAGCUGUACGUGUCGUGAAACUUUCACAAGUUUACACACAAAUUGCUCUGUGACAUCACAAUGAUCUCAACUCAUUCUGAAAACUGGAAUGUCAUUCUUUUUAUCAUGUGAAAUAGCAUGGUUUGUGUCUCAACUAUCUGAAGUGAAUAACAAAUUUCUGCUACCACUGUCAACAAUUUUGAAGGUAGUUGAGACACAAGGUACGACUUAUUGUAGAAUAAACCUGUGGUGGAUCCCGUAUUUUGACAUGAAAGUGUUCACAAUAUUUUAUUCUAGGAUGCACUUGCAUUGAUAAGAUUGGAUGACUUAUUUAUUGAAUCAUUCGAAGUCACCGAUGGUACGUUAAAAUUGAUUUAAUUUCGACAUAUGAAUAUGUGCAAAUUUCCGAUACUGUAGUUUGAAGUGAGUUUUUAAAUGAUUUUGUAUUGCUUUGUUUUGACUCAACAUGAAUUAUUUCCAUGUGCUUUGCAGUGAAACCAUUGAAAGGAGAUCAUCUUUCUCGUGCUAUUGGUCGCGUGGCUGGAAAGGGAGGAAAGACAAAAUUCACAAUCGAGAAUGUCACUAAGACGCGAAUUGUUGUUGCUGACUCGUAAGUGAUUGGUAUAAUUAUCCAAUAUGUCCUCUGUUGACCACUACUAUCAAAUAUUUAUGCAUCAAAUAACAAGAUAUGGAACAGAUUUAUGAAUUUAAUUGUUUGUUUUCCAAGGAAAAUCCACAUACUUGGGUCCUCUCAAAACAUCAAGAUUGCCAGAACAGCGAUAUGUAACUUAAUUCUUGGUAAGUACACUUAUUUCAAAGCAACUUUUCAACAUCUUGUUCAUUCUAUGUUGAAGGGACUUUGGUGCUGUACUUGUCAUCUCUGAGUUUGUUGCUUCGAUUCUCGCCAUGGACCAGUGGCAACCACCCCUUCAAUCUCCACAAAAACCAUUCUCUCAAAAAGUCUAAAUCCAUAGAGAUAUUAGGUGGGGGGACACAUGUUACAUUCUCAAAGCUAAGACCAACUAAGUCUAGACCUAGGACGACAAUGAUUUACUGGAGGAGCUUGACGUGUCAAAUCUUGUUAAAGCGUUUGUAUAUAUGGUUCCAAGAAGAAUGGAUUUAGUUUAGAUUUUUAACUGUUACAUGGCAUGUAUGUCAUUUUAAUCCUUCACAGCCAGAAACCGCUGUGGCUAUAAUUGCAAAAUCAGGUAUCCUCUAUAGCCACAAAUCACCGAGGCUGUAACGUAUGGCGAAAUCCGACAUCCGUUCUAGCCACAAACCGCUGUGGCUAUAAAGUCUGAUUCUCAUAUGUCGCUGUGCCCAUUGUCGUUGAUCAUUGUCGUUGAUCAUUGAUGAGUAAAAUCUUUUGUCUAUGUUCUUCACUGAUCUCAAACAAUGGCAUCGCCGACGUCGGCGACACAUGAGAAUCAGGCUUAAGGAAUACCGAAAAUCAUCCAGUAUGCUCAUGAGCAUAUUACAGGAUUUUGGUACAUACUCAUGAGCUACCAAAAUCCUGUAAGCUCAUGAGCACGAUCAUGAAAACACGAAAAUUAUGCACUUUGGUCAUAAUCUUGCUCAUGAGCAUAUUACAGAAUGUUGGUACAUAUACCGGGCGUGCUUUUGAGAAUCCCUAUAUGUGGUGUCUCAUAAGCACUUCAUAGGCACACGAAAAUUACGCACUUUGGUCAUAAGCAUGCUCAUGAGCAUAUUACAGGAUGUUGGUACAUAUACGGGGCGUGCUUAUGAGAAUCCCUAUAUCAUAAGCACGCUCAUGGGCACACGAAAAUUAUGCACUUUGGUCAUAAGCAUGCUCAUGAGCAUAUUACAGGAUGUUGGUACAUAUACGGGGCGUGCUUAUGAGAAUCCCUAUAUCAUAAGCACGCUCGUAGGCACACGAAAAUUAUGCACUUUGGUCAUAAGCAUACUCAUGAGCAUAUUACAGGAUGUUGGUACAUAUACGGGGCGUGCUUAUGAGAAUCCCUAUAUUGGGUGUCUCAUAGGCACACGAAAAUUAUGCACUUUGGUCAUAAGCAUGCUCAUGAGCAUAUUACAGAAUGUUGGUACAUAUAUGAGCGUGCUCAUGAGAAUACCAAACCGCCGUGGCUAUAAGGUAUGACGAAAUCCGAUAUCCUUUACAGCCACAAACCGCCGUGGCUAUAAGGAAAACCGUAAUCCGGUAUCCUUUGCAGCCACAAACCGCCGUGGCUGUACGUUUGCCGAAAUCUAGUAUCUUUUAUAGCCAGAAACCGCCGUGGCUGUAACGUAUGGCAAAGUCCGCUAUCCAUUAUAGCCACAAAUCGUCGUGGCUGUAAGUAUCCCGAAAUCUGGCUACGCCACUGCUACGGACUCGCAUGAAAAGAGUCAGUCAACGCUCUGCCGAAAGUCCUGGGUUUUCUCUGGGUGCUCCGGUUUCCUCCCACAGGGAAAGUUGACAGGGUGGUUUAGGAUAAACACAGUUAAGAAAGUAAUAACACAAUGGACUAUUUGCGUGGAUAAUAUAGCACUGCGAAGUUUGCCGUGUUUCAGUUAUUUUCUAUUACAAACGGGAAAUGGACAGCCCCAAAGGGUAUUGGGCUGUCAAUUUCCCCCGCGUAAUGCAAAAUGACUGAAAAACGGCAAACUUCGCAGGGCUAUAUUAUCCGCAUUUUACAACAUUUCGCAACGAAACUUUGGAAUAUUACUAAUUUUGUGAUGCUCUUUCAAGCUGUGAUGAAAUUUUUGACUAGACUUGUUUAGAUCAAAAUUUAGUCUAUAAUGCAAAUGGUCCAUUGUCGUAAAGAUAAAAUGCGCAUUUGACACAUAUAAAUAUCUACAUAUGAAUUUGAAUUAUAGAAAUACUAAUCGUCGUUGUCGUAUUUUAUAUUACAGGAAGUCCUCCAUCAAAAGUUUAUGGCAAUAUGAGAGCAGUUGCAAGCAGAUCUGCCACUCAUUUCUGAACUCCAACAAGAUUUUGUGGAAAGACUCUCAGAAUGAUCGAACAGAAGAACUGAAUGCUAGGCUUUUACAUUAAGUCAAACUACAGUAUAUAAGUUGAGAGAAUCAUUGCUGGUGAUGUCUAAAACUGUUCCAUGAAAGCUGCCAGUCCAAUGGGCCUCUCUCAGUCAUACAUAUACAGUAUAUGUCAUUAUAUAGUCUGCGCGCAGUAUAAGUCAUACACUGCCCAAACUUUUUAAGUCUUCAGGCUUCAGUAGGAAUGAGGUUUUGAGGCAAAAUUACAGAAAAUAACUAUAAUUAUUUUGUAAAUAUAAUACAAUAUGAAGUUAUAAUUAUGAUGAAAUUUGUCAGAAUUUUUGUGUCACCA